GUUGCGCUCGACGGUUGUAUUUAUUCUGGUUCUCGCUUAAGUUCUCCGAUCCGUGCAACAACAGCUGGGUCGUCCGAUAUCGGUCAAGUUCAGGCGACGACGCGGCGAUCACUCAAUUACCCUCGCGCGAAAUUCACUUUUAAUUUCCCCAACCCAAUUUUCGUUUACCAUAUAGAUCGUAUAGAUCUUUUGUUGCGAUUCUUUCGUGCGCUCGCUUGGAAAAUAAUUUGUCACAGUGCCAAAAGAUGAGCAUCUCGGCGGUGGUGGAGCGCAAAGAGCAGGCCAGCAACGUGGGCAGUGUUCUGGGCAGGCGCUACGGCCAGCUGCUCCAGGGGGCCAAGUACACGGAUUGUGUGUUCCACGUGUGCGAGGAGCAGGUGAAGUGCCACAAGCUGAUCCUCAGCACCGCCAGUCCAGUUUUCGAGGCCAUGUUCUUUGGUCCGAUGCAAAAUAAUGACCCAGACCCGGAAAUCGAAAUCCACGACAUCAGUUCAGCCAUUUUUAAGGUGCUGGUGGAGUACAUCUACACGGGCGUCGUCGACUACAACGGCCUGGAGCUGGUGGCCUGCAUCGAGCUGUACUACGCGGCCGAGAAGUAUCUGCUGGAGGAGCUGAUCGCCGAGACGUUGAUGGCCAUCACCCGCAAGCUGCGCUUCGCCAACAUCCUGCCCGCUUUGGAGCUGAGUGUUUGCAUGGGCCUGGACAGCCUGCUGGAGGUGUGCAUGACCUUCUUCAUGCGCUGCUGCGUGAACAAUGGCCAGUACAUGGGCCACCUGAAGGAGCACUAUGUGCACGUGUCCAAGGAGUGCGUGAAGGCCAUUAUAGCGGCCUGCAAGGAGCCGCACAAGCUGCUCAUCUGGUAUGUCUACGAGUGGACGCGGCAGGAGUGCGAGCAGCUGGGCCUGGGUCCCAGUGAUGCGGAUCUGGUGGUGCACGAUUUGGGUGGCGAUGUUGCGAGUGAUUGGCCCGUGGCCGCGGGUUGCAGGGAUUUGGAGUCUCCAGCCGCGGCUCCUGUGGUCUCGGUGGAACGCUGCUACUACAAGGCCUGCCGCCCGUUCACAGUGGAUGCCGAGUCGCCGGUCUUCCGGCUGCGCCUCAAGUGCUCCCGCUUCAUCUCGCUGAUGGGCCUGGUCCUGAACAGCCGCCUGACCCCCAACCGCUUGGGUCACAUUCAGCAGCCGGAGUACCGGGAAUCGCUGCGCCUGGAUCUCUGCGAGGUGCCCGCCGAAAGCGAGGGAGUGACCAAUGCGGCUCCCGUCUGGAGCCACGUCGUCCAGGGCCAGGGAACCAAGUACAACUGCGACCUGCAUCUCGGCUGGCGGCGCGAGGAGGCCUGCGUGCUGAAUCCGGAGCUGUUCUACGAGCUGCAGAUACGCUGGGACGCGGGAGCCUACGGCGCGGAGUAUCCGUGCAGCCUGCAGUCCUGCCAGGCGGACGGAAUCCGGUUCAUCGACGAGGACAGCUUCACAGGAAGUCUGGUGAAGGGACUGCGCUACGCCAACCUGGUGUAGCCCGGUGUAGCCGCUCGCCAAGCGAUACUCGAUACCAUAAUUAGUUAGUCCGUAAGACGUGUGUGUAUUUAUUGCCCUAAGUUAAUGUACGCUGCCUCAGAGUUCAAUAAACUGUGAGUAAGAUCGCUUCAAA